AUGGCGAGCUUGUUGACGUAUCGCGCACUCCGCAAAUCUGCAGCUUUUCAAAGAUGGCAUCAAAAUUGUGCACCAGCAUUACUUGCCGCCGUCGUCGACCGACAAAGCAAGCAGUAUUCUCGAUUAUUACCUGGAAAACCAGUAAAAAUUGGCUGUGCCAGCGGGUUUUGGGGUGACACCGCAGUUGCUGCACCACAGCUGAUUUAUGGAGCUAAACUGGACUUCCUUGUCUUUGACUAUUUAUCAGAAAUCACCAUGUCACUUUUGACAGCAGCCAAAAACAAGUCUCCGGAUAUGGGGUAUGCUCCUGACUUUGUUCAAGUGGCCAUUUCACCAUUUAUUCGUGACAUCAAAAACAAAGGUAUCCGGAUCAUCAGUAAUGCAGGGGGUGUUAAUCCUUUAAGUUGUGGUGCUAAAAUCCAGGAGGCAGCCUCUGCAGCAGGAGUUGAUAUAAAGGUUGCUGUGGUGACGGGAGAUGACCUUUUACCCCAGUCUUCAGAGUUGGCAAAAGCUGGUGUUAAGGAUAUGGAUUCUGGUCGUGAAUUCCCGCCAAAUGUGCACAGUAUGAAUGCUUAUCUAGGCGCUGGCCCUAUAGCCCGAGCGCUGUCGUUGGGAGCAGAUGUCGUCAUCACAGGGAGGUGUGCUGACAGCGCUCUGGCUCUCGCACCUUUGCUGUACUCGUUUUCUAACUGGAGCUUGGAUAACUUUGAUCUGCUGGCUGCUGGCAGCCUGGCAGGUCACCUGAUGGAAUGUGGGGCUCAAGCUACAGGUGGUAUCUUCACGGACUGGUACAACAUUGAUGACUGGGACAAUAUUGGUUUCCCUGUAAUAGAGUGCGCAGAGGAUGGUGCCCUGGUGCUGUACAAGCCUCCCCACACCGGAGGGCUGGUGUCUCAAGGCACUGUCAGUGAACAGUUGCUGUAUGAGAUAGGUGACCCUGUCCACUACUUCCUGCCUGAUGUUGUCUGUGACUUCAGUCAGGUGAAAAUCGAAGAAAUUCCGGGUUAUGAGGGGGGAGCAGUGUAUAUCAAAGGUGCUAGGGGUCAACCCCCAUCUGACUUUUAUAAGGUUAGUGCCACAUAUGGCUCUGGGUUUCGUCUGACAGCUGUCUGUGUUGUUGUUGGACCAAGAGCUGUGGAAAAGGCCAAGAAGACUGCAAAUUCAAUACUAACAAGGUGUCGGAGAAUUUUCAAACAGCUUCACCUUGAGGACUUCACAUCUGUGAAUGUAGAGGUAUUAGGUUCAGAGCAUCUGUAUGGAGAGAAUGCGAGACUUAGGCAGCUCCCGCGGGAAGUUGUCCUGUGGAUUUCGGCUCAUCACAACCAGAAGAGAGCUCUGGAGUUUUUUGCCAGAGAGGUGGCCCCUGCUGGAACAGGAAUGGCACCUGGACUGACUGGCAUUGUUGGAGGACGUCCAAAAGUAUCACCAGUAUUAAAACUUUAUUCAUUCCUGUAUCCAAAGAAACAUUUCAAGAUUGACAUCCAUAUGAAUGGUGAACAUGUGGAGGAAUACAACAGACAGGAAAGCCCCACCCAGGUGUACCCGUCCUGGUGGGAACUGCCUCAACCCGAGACACCCCCAGCCAUGGAACUUCCCACGGGUACUUUCUCCUUCAGGCUCGAAGAUCUUGCUUACACACGGAGUGGUGACAAGGGUAACACUGCCAACAUUGGUGUGAUCGCCAGACAUCCCUCCUAUCUGCCAUACAUCCGCCAGGCUCUAACCUCCCAAGCUGUCGAGGAAUACUUCGAGCACUUGUUUGAACAGAUAAAACACAGCACAAGAUCAAAAGUCAGAAGGUAUGAGGUACCAGGUGUACAGGGUUUUAACUUUGUUUUACACAAUAUUCUUGGAGGAGGAGGAAUUGCUUCUCUAAGGAGUGACCCUCAGGGUAAAGCAUUGGGACAGAUGCUUCUGGACUUCGAAAUCCACAAUGUGCCAAAUCUUCUAGAAGAGGUAGCAUCACCGCGGUAGCAAUGUGUACCAAAGGAUAUCACUGAACAAAUUCAACAGCUCAUGCCAUCCAAACUGUGUGAUAAUUAGUGUGUAGUUCCUCUUUAGAGGAUCGGAUAUUGUGUCUCAGAAUGAUGUUAUUAAAAUGGAUUGUAGAAUUUAACAAAUUUGAUGUACGUUCAGGGUUGUAGUGUAUAAUGAUCAGUAUGUACACAUCUAUUGAAUGGAUAAUGGAUAAAUAACAAGGCAGAUUUUUCUUAAAAUUCCCCUCGGUUCCACGAUUGAAGGUAACUUGAAAAUAUUGGAAUGUAGUGAAUGUAGACGUACUGAUAUAAAUUCCAGUUACUGUUUUAUGAUUUGGAAGUGAAGAUUUUUUCAGCAUUCAUGGUGCUAUGACAUUAAGUGUUUUUUGAGUUUGAGGGAUGGUUUUGUUUUUCAUGUAUUCAUGUUGAAAAGAUACGGUGAUUUAUCAGGACUCCAAUUAACUUGACCUUUUGUUCACAUAGAUUUUUCUACAUUAAUCUGGUUUUAGUACAACUGUCUCAGGGGUACAAAUUUUACGUAACGACAGCUACACAUCAAUAUGUUGUUCUGUACAUAAAUUUGAGGGGCUUUUCAUCUCUUAUUUUCUGGGAUCGGCCUGAUUUCCUCCAGUCAGAGAUUUGGGGCUGUCAUGCCAAUGAAAUAUUGGAUAGAUUUCCAAACCGUGAGAAAAUACAUCUAUGGGAAACAGAAACUACCCAGAAUAAGGUCUGUUCUAAUAUGGAAUAUAGAGGAGAUAUGAAAUAUUAAUGCAUUUGGUGUGGCGUUACUUUUACUAGUGGCACUGUGAUAAAUAAGCGUAUGCAAAACAGUAUGGAAAACAAUGAAGUAAACAAAAAGUAAGGCACUUCAAGCCAUUUAGUAACUGACAGGCUAUAUACCCAACUUAAUCUUCAUCACUCAUUUUAGCUUGAAUGAAGACUAGUUGCAUGCAGGUCUUGUUUGCUAAAUAAUUAAGAGAAUAAUAUAUAAAGAUGUUUAGUAUCUAAAAAGUAGCAUGGAAACAGACAAGGGUGAAGGAUUAUUCCCAUAGGUUGAUGUAAAUUUUGAUAUCUUUAUCAAACAUUAGAUAAUCUGAAAUAAAUCCAUUGUUGCCAUAUCAAUCAGUCUAAUAUAAAUACCUGUAGAAACAGCUGUGACAGGUUCAUUUACCAGUGAUGUACUGUAAUUCUUCAACCUUUUCGCAUGUUUGCAAGGUGUUUAUUCAAGCAUAUGUUGAAGGCGUCAUUCUGUGUAGACUGAUAACAUUAUCAAUUUAUCAAGUUCUGAAACUGGCCAAUCUAACCAACAUAGUUUUGUCUCCAUCAUCAAAUUUAAAAUGUACAUAAAUUGCACUGAAAGUUUCUCUUUCAUAUGCGAAAAGGUUGAAUCAGGGUAGGCCAUUUUAAUUUCUUGUCGAGCUGAUUCUAUGAGAAUGAGAUGAUUGUGCAAAUUACCAAAACCUCAGGGAAUUGUUUUUUUUUUUUGUUUUUUGGAUAAUUCAUCAUACUGCUGUUUAUAGGCCUGUAGUUAGAGGUGAUUGGAAACUCAGAAACACAUUUUGUAUUGCCUCUGUAAAUAAUUUAGUCACAACCAGUAUGGAAAGAGCUUAAGAAGCUGCCUCAUAGAAACACUUUAUUUUCUGGAUAUAGGAUAGGAUGUUCCAGUCGCCAUUGGUGAGCUGGUAAACCCCGAUGUGUUUUUCUGUGCCAACAUUUUUAUUACUGUACAUCAUUUCCUAUUUACAUAUCCAAUGUGAAAUUGAUUUCAAAUCUAGUCUAAUUCUUAUUUCUCUUAUCAGUGGUCAGAAGAAUCGUUGGCUAAGAAAUAGAUGGAUCUUGCUCGGUUGCCAAGCUUAAACAAGUGAAUGAAUAUGUCUUGAUCUCUCAUUAUUUGUUAAUGUCCUAUUUUUUGUGAGUAGUUACACAUAAUGUGAAAGGUGUUUUAUAAUUACAUAUUCUUUUGCCUGUUUGAACCUUUCUUCUACUCCAAAAUAUGUAAUAUACUAUUUUGAGAUGCAGUUGUGUUUAGUAUAUAGUGAACAUGAAUUCCCUGUAUCAGUAUCCAGUGUUUUAAUUUGGUCAGUCUAAUCCAUCAUGAAAAAUUAAACUGUUCAUGAUCACAAGAAAAAUAUAUUACUUUACAAAGGUUUAGCAUUAAUAGAAACAAAGCUGUGGUCUCAGAAUAAGUUUGUUUAUUGCUGUGUGAAUAAUCUGUGUUGUUUGGAUGAAUUUAACACAUUUUGCAGAAUUUUGGUGAAAAAUUGCUAGAUUGUUCUUUUACAUGCACAUUCAUACAAUGUAUGUGCAUACAAACUUUGCUGAUAAAUAGUGGCUUCUGCAGGACCCGUCAUGUAUUUUGGGUCAUAAAAUAACUCAAUGCAUAUAUAUGUGUAUAUUAUAAAAUAGCUCAGUGUACAUAAGUGUAUGUUAUAAAACAGGUCAGUAGCUUUUGCUGUUACCAGGAUGUAUUGCCAUAACAUACUGGCUGUGUAUAUGUGUGUUAUAAAAUACUUGAUUUAAGCGAUAUGUAUUUUAUAACACCACACACACGUACAUACGUAACAAUGCGUAUAACAUACGCACACACACACACGGUAUGGCAGUAUACUCUGACGCCGUGAGCUUUUGAGGUAUUGUAUAAUAUUAGAUUUAAAUGGUGGUUACAGUGUGAAACUUAGUAUGUUACUAACAUCACUCCACUUUUGUUUUUAUAUUCAGGUCUAUAAACUGUCAGUAUUUGUGAUCACAAGAAAUUUAUGAAGAUGCAACAUAGAAUUGUUUUUUGUGCCAGGUUUAAAAUUAACAAAAUAAACAACAAAUGCCAGGUACCCAUGACAGGAGUGUUGUUUGCAAAUGUUGUGUAUUAUUGUCAGUAAUACAGAUUUGUGCACGAUACAAUACGAAAAAUUAUCCAAGCCAUGGAAACUUUUUUUUUUUAACUUACAAAAAAUAUACCUUGGUUUGGCCUAAAAUUUUGUCCACGGCUACUUUACUCAGAUUGCUGGAUUCUGGGUUUUCUGUAAUUUUAGAAGGGCAUUUUGAGAACUGUGUGAAAAGUAGGAUGAUAUAGGAUAGUAGGAAAAUGCAAGUUUCACCACCAUAAGUCAUAUUUUAUUAUCUUUGUUUACCUCUGAAAAUGUUCUUUUUGGCAAAAUUGUAGGCCCAAUCCAGUAAAGUAUACUACAUGUACUGUAACAAAUCGUGACAGGUGAUGCAAGAAGAGAAAUUGAUUAAAAUGGAUGAAAAGAAACUCAUCUGUGAAAUCAUGGCCUAUUAUCUCGGAUCUUACAUUAAAGUUGUUACAAUGCUCCACACUACAUUGUACUCAUCCAUACUUCGUUGUGUUCUACGUGUCUGAGGCAAAAAGGUAUGUGAAAUGUCUCAACCAAAAAUAACCAGUCCCUCUUGCAUAGGGAAUGCACAGAUUCCGUUUUAUCAGUGGGUAAGGUUUUCAUGGCUGAUUUCAAAACUUAGCCCAACUAAAAAUUUAUAUAUUUAAUUGAUGGUUGACACCAUACAAAAGCAUUAACUUACACGAUGAGUGUGUGGCAUAAACCACCUAUAUUUGGCAAAUUACUAGAACACAUUGCCUCAUGUGG